AUGAUUCAAAUAAUUUUAAAAAACGAAUACUCUAAAAGAGACUUUCAAUAUAAGAAAGUAAGAUACUUUGUUUUAAGUAAUAAGUCAGUAAACAUUUUUAAAACCAUUAAUUUGAGAUUCUGCAAAGCAACCAAUCAAUUUAAACAACAAUUUUCUCAACUUUCAAACCCCGUCAAAAACCAAAUUUGCGAAAAGGUUAGAAGAAACAGAAACAAGGGAUCUACACUGGCGUGUUCCUCUAAAAGAUCUCAAACUGUCCCUCUAGUCUCUUCACCAGAUUCCGCACCAACUGUCUCAGCAAUAUCACCCGAUACCGUACCAACUGUCCCUGCAGUGUCUUCACCAGAUGCCACAUCUACUCUAGAUGAAUGUGACAUCCCUAAAUUGCUUCAACAGCAUCGAUUGGGUGCCUUUUAUAAUACCAAAACUGGCAUGAAAGAUUGGAAUCCAACAGAUGGACGAGUUGUAAAUGCUUCAUUUCAAAUCAAUUUAGUUACUGGUGCUGUUUAUUUUAGUGCCAAAUUUCAAGUGUCUAACAUGCUCGCAUCUUCGAUCAGCGACGAUUUAAAUAUGAAAACUGCAUUUGUAACAGGUGGAACAGGAUUUCUAGGUUCGCAUGUCGUCGAACAGUUAAUAAAGAAAGAAUAUAUAGUUUGUGUUUUAUAUAGAUCAGAAGAAAAAGCAAAUAAACUAAAGAAAAUUAUUAGUUCUUCAAUUGGAAGUCUGGAUUUAUUGAAAUUCGUCAAAGGAGAUGUAAAUGAUUACCAAUCUUUGAUGGAAGGAAUUCCAGAUUGUGAUAAUCUAUUUGUUUUUCAUUUGGCCUCAAUAACUUUAACCAAAGAUAGAGUAGCCCAAACCAAAGUGAAUGUAGAUGGAGUUUCCAAUCUAAUUGAAGUUAGUCUAAAGAAACAAGUUAAACGAUUUAUUUACACAUCUUCAAUAAGCACUUUUGUAAAUGGAGCUAAAUAUGGAUCGAUACUAAGUGAGUCAUCCAAACAAUGUGGUCCACACAAUGCAUAUGGAUAUGCCAGAACUAAAUUCUUGGCAGAGGAAUUGGUUAGAGAUGCUGGAAAAAGAGGAUUGGAAUAUGUGAUACUAAACCCUGGAUAUAUUAUCGGUCGAUAUGAUGAAGAUAAUAUGGGCCGAUUAACGAAACCUGAGUUUCAAAAUCUUCUCCAGACAACAGGUAAUGGUGGUGCAACCUUUGUGUCUGGAGAGGAAUGUGCUCGUGUCCUUAUCAUAGCUGCAGAAAACGCUAUUUCACCUGAAGGAUCACAAUAUCUCUUGGGUGGAGUGUAUUCGACUUGGAAAGAUGUUGUCAUUGCAUUUAGAAGAGAAUUGAACUUUCCAAACCCCGAAAAUGUGAGAGUGCUACCUACUUUAGUACUCAGAGCAAUUAGCAAUCUAUACAAAAUUUGGAAUUAUUUCACUGGUAAAGAGAUAAUUGAUGAAGAGAUCAAAAUGAUAAUUGAAUCUUUUAGUGUCGAUGAUUCCAAAGCAGUAAAGGAAUUGGGUUUUAACAAUAAGAUUCCAAUUGAAUGGAUGAUAAAAGAUUGUGUAAAUUGGUCAAAAAAUGAAACACAAAAACAACAACAACAACAACAACAACAAUAA